AAUAAUGUAUCUGUUGAUGAACGAGCUUUGUAUAAGUUAGCAUGCGAGGAAACAGUAAUAAAAAGUGUCGAGGAAUUUCGUAUCAAAUAUCCAAAUUGGCAAUAUGAAGUAUCAUUCCUGUUACAGCGACUUGGUUUGCAAUAUAAAUCUAAGAGGGAUGCGAAAAAAUAUAUGCUAGUGCAAAAUGAAACGAAGGAAGUAGUUGAAACGCCAUUGGAAAAAGUAAACUUCUUGUUGAGCCNUGAAGUAUCAUUCCUGUUACAGCGACUUGGUUUGCAAUAUAAAUCUAAGAGGGAUGCGAAAAAAUAUAUGCUAGUGCAAAAUGAAACGAAGGAAGUAGUUGAAACGCCAUUGGAAAAAAAAAUUAAAAAUGUGGAAGAUAUGAAGAUGCUUGUUAAAAAAGAAAUACAGAAAGCUGUAAAAAGAGAAAAUCUUGAGAAGAAAAAGAAGAAACUGAAAGAUAAGACAAAAUCGAGUGAACUAAAAGAGAUAGCUAUUCCAGUCUUCAACAUGCCUAAGUUGGAACUUCCGAAGCCAAUUGUUAAGGGACAGGCUGUUAUCAAACUGUUAAGUGUAGACGGUAAUCAAAACGACGAAUUCCCAUCAGUUAGCGUGCCAGAUAAAAGCAAAGGUUGA